GGAGGUACAGCAUCGUAAAUAAAAAACAGAUUCAGCUUCAGGCUGAUAUUAGAGCAGAGAAAAGAAGAACAUACCGACUGGACCAGGCAAGGAAUAAGCUAUGCGGCCGCGCUCCAGACUUCUGUCCAAGAGAAGACUCCCGCUGCCCACAAUCAGAGAGGGCACCGAGGAGACGGUGAAGGAUUUAAAUGAGGCCAACACACUCCACCUUGCUGUCUCCUCAGAGGACUACCUCCUCUCUAUCUGCCACCUGGCCAGCCCCACCUUCACCGCCAGGCACAUCUCCCCCGACACCAUCUACACACGGCAGCUGGACGCCGUGCACCAGAGGCUGAGGCUGUCGAGGCUCAGCGGGACUACGUCUACCACCUUGGUACUCAAUCCGACAGAGGAAGCAGACGCCACCGACAUGCAGCAGGGAAAGGAGCUCAAACUGAAUGGCGAGCUGAUGUUUGGCAGCUCUGACCCUUUGGAGUAUCUUUACGGAUACCAGAAUAACCUGUCAGGAGGUGUGAGGGGGGCAUUUGCACAGGAAAGGUUUAGAAGGCAACAUGGGAGUUUACGGGAGGGCCAGGCUCGCUGCAGAGCUCACAGCAUCCCCCACGCUUCAAGUCCAGAGCUCCCUGAGUUUCAAACCAGCACGAACACACCUAUUCUAAACAUCUCCCCAAAGCACAGCUUCUCCCGGUCGGAGAUCAGGAGAGGGAGCCCAGCAGACAGAGGGGCAGAGGGGACGAGUCAGAGUCCCACCAUCAAACAAUCCCUCAUCUCCAAGUGGCUCUCUGACUGCAGGUCGGCGUGGAGGGAGGCGCGUGUGCGAGCUUGCAUGCUGCCCGCCAUCAAUGAGCUCUAGGGCGCAAAUGUAGACAUUGUGACAGAAGACAGUCCUCAAUAAAGUCUCUCAUCUUUUUUGAUGGAGACAUUGACAAUAGGGGGUACAUGUGCACUGCGGCUAUAUCAAAAGGGAUAGGAUUAAAUGCAUUUCAAAACAUACAGAGGCAAAAAAAUUGCCAUAAUUGCCUGUAAUGUUAUAUCAAUGGAAUAUUUACUUUUAAAGCACUCAAUGCUGGUGAUCACACACAAACAUAAACAUUUAAAUACCUUCCUGUGUUUUGUAAACUACGUAUGAAUCAAUAAAACAUUGUUUUUAUA